AUGUCCGAAACUCCAGUGCUAGGAGGCACAGAGGAGGUCGCCGGCCAUGCCAGCGAAGAUGGAACGAACGGGCACGAAUCAGAGGCCGAGCCACAAUGUCCCCAAACACCAAGCGGUUCACGGUUGCCGCAGACGUCUCCCGGCCUCGACCACUACAGAGAUUGCGACCGAGGCAGCACGCAGGUGCCAACGAACUUCGAGGGAGGGCAGGAGGAGGCGGACAUGGAGCAGCACACCAUGGCGCGCACCGCAAGGAUUCAGUCGGCAAGGCCGGCACACCAAGAGGAUGUCAGAAGAUGCAUCAACCGCAUCAAGAACGACAUACCAACAGUGGCCCUCGACGACGACACUCUCCUGCGUCUGCUCCAGACUCGUGUCCCCGGCUCCGUCACGAAUGACAAGGAAGUGAUGGGGAUGGUGCAAGCGGAAUGGGAGACUUCCAGAGAAUGCUUGGCUAUGCGGAUUGCGCCCGACAUCAGGACGGAGACGCGCGACGCCUGGCGUAUUAGCGUCCACUUACUUCGCUGCUCCCCGAUUGCCAUAAUCUCCCCGGCAUGGGGGCUUUACUACGACAACGACAAUAGGGAGACGUGCCUUUGGAGCCGCAAGUUCUCCAGCACCUUGGGCAUGAUCAUGAUUCACCCAAUCUGGAACGAAGACAAACACUCUCUGAUACGGGCCAUUCAAGUCGCUGUUACCUGUCGCACAGAAGAGCACCGGCCGUUUCGCAUGCCAGGCGGCGAGUCCGCCAUUGUCAACUGUCUUGCUAGGGAGGUAGCGCACAACACGAACGGACGAUCCAUGGCCGAAAUCUGCAACAGCCUCCGCAGGGCACAUGGAACUGCCAGAACACGGAUGACAACUACCACUGAGUUUGCUUUCAUCAAGCAUCUAGCCGCCACCGUCUCUGUGUCUAGCCAAGAUUUGUCCGACGCGCUGGGAGACGACGUACGUCUGCGCGUUCAGGAGCAGGACCUCGAAAACAUCGUCAAAGCUAUCAACACGUUUACACCGUUUGGGCCUCCAUGCACCCCUCCGGCGGCUAUAUACCAAGGUUACCUCGCGAGCCACGACUCGCAGCCGGAUCUAGGCGUGGCCCGGAUUCGCGAGCUGUACACACAGUCGUGGCUGAUUGAGCUGCGAGAGAAGUGGAGGCACGAGCAAGAACCUGGCCAUCGGCAGUCUCAGGUUCUGGAUGAGCCCAGGUUGAUUCAGCAUGGGCAGGGACACCCGCGGCCACAAUCAGGGCAGGACAGCGUGGCUCUGUCCCGCCCCACGUAUCAAGCCCUCACCCUGCCAAGUUCGCGGCGUACAGCACCGGCAGCGAACAACUCCCAGCCGCCCAAGCCACCGUCCGGAAGCAUCCUGCGGAGCGAAGGGCAGCGGAUCGACGAUAUCGAGAACGAUGCGGCCACCGACGACGAUCUCCUUGGACGAGCAAAGGCGAAGCAGGCCGUCAUCAUGUCUCUACGCAGAAGGCCAAUCUUCCCUCUACAGAUCGACCUCUCGUUUGAGGUGUUGAUGUGCUCCAGUUUGAUGAUGGACGUCAGGGACGGCGACCGAUUUCGACUGCGCGGAGACCAAAUCAAGUACAUGCACGACGACUCUUGGGUCAUGGGACCACCGAAUUACGACCUCACCAGGCUCAAGUACAAUGUGACGGAUGUGAUGACUGCCAUGUUGGCGACGCAGAUUAGGGCUGUUGAUGGCUUUCCCCAACUCACCCUCCUGGGCGUCAUGCUCGACGAGUUCGAGUCGACCGACCAUGCUGAUUGCCGUUCGUACGCCUUCAACAACCGACCAAACAUCGUCAUGAUUCGACUACGCGCCGACCCGAAACACAAGUUUCGUCUCUGGGACGUCAUGUCCUUGUAA